UCCGCGCACUACUCAUUCCAAUACGAGCCGAGUGGCCGACGUGAAUGCCUGUGCCGCACCGCUACGUACAAACCGCUAGAACCGACACGUUUACGUUGACGGGUUCGCAUCUCGCCGCGCACGAAUACGCGAUAACUAUCACUUUCGCUACGUGCAAUCCUGUUUGGAACAUGAUAACGCAGUGAAAAUUACUCUGUGCACUUCCUGGGAGUCGACUACGGCAUCGCAAGGUGUCAAAAUGCCCCAAUGGGCCAGCACUGAAGGCGGUGGCGGUUCAGAAGCGGCAUCGCCCGACCAAAUGAUGAUCUGCUAUGAAGAGGACGCCACAGAAUAUUAUGACAAAAAACAAGAAGAUGCUGAUCUUAAAAUAGAACAAGCUGAUGAUUUCUAUGACAGCGGCAGUGGUAGCGACGAACAAAUUCCUCGUCGAGUAUGUAGGCCGCGGCGGACGCCCGCGAGCUCGUCGUCGUCGGGCACCACGAGCGGCUCCAGCGGGCCCGGCCGCCGGCGCCGCUGCGGCAUCUCGGCCCGGGAACGCAACCUGCGUCGAUUGGAGAGCAAUGAACGGGAGCGCAUGCGGAUGCACUCGCUGAACCGUGCGUUCGAGGAUCUCCGUCGCGUAAUUCCUCACGUGAAAAAGGACAACCGAAGUCUAUCGAAGAUAGAAACACUAACCCUUGCCAAAAAUUAUGUGAAAGCACUCACUAAUGCCAUAUGCACAAUGAGAGGAGAGGUGUCUCGUUACCAAUUCAACAGCGAUGACGAAAACGUAGAACCGGUAUUUGUUCUAAGCCGGGAUCAGGAACAGAACAAUAACUUGCCGAACGAUCAAGACAGGGAAGACCCAUCACCGUUACAACAGGGAUGCCUUUGACGAGGCCACACUUCCUAAGCACCGGCCUCUGAAAUACCAUUAGAAAUGAGCACGAAUGCGAUUUCCAUUAAGCUUUCCACACAUCAUUGACCAAUGGAAUUUAAAGCCUCGUCGUGAAUACAAAAUCUCCGUUGCAUACCUUGAUGUGGAUAAAGCUUUAUUGAUACAAAUUCAUAUGUAUAGAGUUAACACAGAGAGUUUUUGCGGUCAAAUGAUUACAAGUGACUACUUAUACCUACCUACUCAGUUACAAAAAAACUUGCUCGAAUUAAUUUUAAAGUUUAGGAGUAGGUCUAAUUUAGACGAUUAGAAUUCUAACUCAAUGAAGGAUGUUCUUCGUUGUUUGUAAAGCUCUCUAAUGUUAGAUCUAUAAUCUAAUUUGCUAUUUAAAUGCUUGCUAUAUUGAUCCUACGACUACUGGCAUUGUUAGGAGGAGACCAAGAACAAACAUGCUAUAUUUUUACCGUUUUACCUAGUCGUAGAUGUACUUUUGUGAUGAUUAGGUAAUUUAUGAGUUUGAACUAGGUAGUAAGAUGUUAAAUGUACAAUAUGAACGUUGCCUACUACCAUACCGAAAAUGAAAACGAAAGGUAUGCAUGCCUAGGUGUUCCAUUAAUUUACCAAAUUUUUUUGUUAGGUGAUAUUUUAAAGGCUUGUUCGGCAUUUCGGUGGAUGCCGACAAAUUAAUUAUAGUUCAAACCAUUAGGUACUUAGUACUUACCUACAAUAUUUGAGAAACUUAUAUGUCCAUGCCUUCGAGAAACCAAACUGUGGUAGAGAUAAGUAGGUAUUUUGUAAAGAACUUCAAGGCAUUCGCUUUUGUAUGUUAAAUUAAUUACUUACGGCCACAGAAUAAUAUAAAAGUACUACUAGGUAUACACUAUUACGGCUAAAAUAGUUGCAACUUUCUCUAACGUUACGACAUACAGUUUGGCAGGAUUAUCAGUAUUAAUCUGAAGAAAGAGCAGAAUAAAAUGAUUAAACACCUAACUUAUGUCUUUGUAAAUCAUUGUUGAUGUGCCACGAGUACAAAAAAAUGUUUCCGCAUCGUAGUGGUACCUAGUACCUACCUGCCUAACUAAUUACAUUCCUUAAAAAUAAUUAUUACUAUCACAGAAUAAUGCGUAAAUGUGUUCCUAACCCUAUAUUUUAGAACUAUAUUUUUCAUUUUUCCGAUCUCAAAUUUUCAAAAACUUACCUAGACAUCGGAAUUAGACAUCGGAAUACGAUUACCUACGGAUUACUACAGUACGGACUCUACCUAGUAAUUUAGAUACUUGCAGAGAUCUCUCCCAGGGUGCCAAUUAAGUACAUAAUUUAUUAUAUUAUGUAUUAAAGUCAAGUAUUAUCUGUAUUUUAAUUUUUUUUCAUAUAUACUUUGGUGCAGGUAUACCUACAGUCAAUUUUUUCAAAGAUAGAUAAGUAUGUUUGUCUAUCUCUAACUACCGACAUGCUACCGACUUUAUUUUUUGUUUUGUCGCUUAUUUCAAGCGUUAGAUAUAGGCAGCCGCAGAAUUCAGAAUUAUUUAACCUGUCGGUAGGUAUAGUGCUAGGUAUUGUAGGUAGGUAGGUAAGACUCACUUCGUCGUUCCUUCAUUCAGCUUCACCUACUCGAACCUACGAGUAUAUCGUAACUAAUGGGUGCUCUCUUCGCUUCGGUCAGCCUCGGAGGUUCGCUUCAUUAAGAACAUCGUUCACAAGCUUCUGGCAUCUUUAAAAACAUCUCUAGGUGUAGGACAGACAAGAUUGCGUGGCGAGAUGACCGGAGGCCAUUAGGUAUUUAAUAUAGGUACCUACCCGAACUACAUUUUGCCGAAGAUUUACGGUAAAAGUUUUCAUGGAUAUGAGAAUAUUAUGUCAACUGGAAAUUCAAGCAACAUAUUAAGUACGAGUGUCGAUUACCUAUGUAGUACCUACGCAUAGAUAUGUACCUACGUGAUGAUUUGGUGUGCCUACCUAUCUAUUAUUUAAUAAUAAUUAUUAUUAUUACAGUAAUCUCAAUUGAAAGUUACCGAUUAAUUUAGAUAUAUUUUUAAGUUAAAAAAUUAUAGUUAUUUUUAAAGAAUGCAAUUGCAUUUUUGUCAAAUCACCUACUUAUUUAUAGAAAUAAAAUACCUAAUAUAUUUUAGACAUUUGUGAUUUAGAUUAAUGUUAAGGUCUUGAGAUAAAUAUUCUUUACAUGCUAAGGACGACUCGGCGAUAAUACCGAAAUAUGAUAAAUGUUAUUACAUAAAAUAAAAUUUAUAUACAUGCAGAUAAUAAAUACGCAUUUAAAUAUUUU